AUGUCCGCUACAUCCACGGAAGCUCAACCCCGUAUCGCGAUCGUCGGAGGCGGCCCAUCUGGUCUCGUCCUUCUCCUCACUCUCAUCAAGCGCGGCGUUCCCGCCACGCUCUACGAGCGGGAGCUCGACAGCAACUCCCGCGCCCAUCUCGGCGGCAUGCUCGACCUCGAGUGGGACUCCGGCCAGCGCGCGUUCCGCGAAAACGGCAUGGAGCACGUUUUCAAGAAGUACUCGCGCCGCGACGCCGAAGAGGGCCGCAUCUGUGGCAAGGAUGGCGUGCCCGUCUUCCGCCACGACAACACGGAGGCGGACCCGGACGACUUGCGGAACGCCCGCCCGGAGAUCGACCGCCACGUCCUGCGCGACAUCCUGCUCGACGCCGUGCCCAAGGACGCGGUCCAGUGGGGCCACGCCCUCGCCUCCACCCGACCGCUUGAGGGUGGGCAGCACGAGCUCACGUUCACGAACGGCACAGUGACAGUCACGGACAUCGUCGUCGGCGCCGACGGCGCGAACUCGCGCAUCCGCCCGCUCCUCUCCCCCGCCGUGCCCCUCUACCACGGUAUCACCGGCGCGGAGAUCUCGCUGACGCCCGCCGUCGCCGCCCUGCCCGAGAACCACGCGAUCAGCAACGGCGUCGGCAAGGGCUCGUGCUACCUCGCGCAGGACGGCCAGGUCGUCGUUCUCCAGCGGAACGGGACCGGGCGCAUUCGCGGGUACUUCUGGCAGCGCAACCCGCUCGAGUGGACGCUCCCGCGCGACGCGAAGGCGGCGAAGGCGGUGCUGGGCGGGAUGUUCGCGGACUGGGCGCCGUGGGUCCGCCGCUUCAUCGAGCAGGGCGACGAGGACGCGAUCUACGUCCGCCCUCUGUUCCACCUAAUCGUCGGCCAUCGCUGGGAGCACACGCCGGGGGUGACGCUCAUCGGUGACGCGGCCCACUUGAUGAGUCCGUUUGCCGGGGCGGGUGCGAACCUCGCGAUGCGCGACGGUCUCGAGCUGGGGCUUGUUCUGGCCGACGCGGUGGCGAAAGGUGUGCUUCUUAAAGAGAGGGAGGACGCAGUUGCCGCGUGGGAGGAAAAUAUGUUUGUGCGAGUGGAGAGAUUUGCGGCGCUGACUGUACAGAAUAUGGGACUAUUCUUUGGUCCGGACGCUCCCCAGGCCGCCAUCAAGGCAUUUGAGGACGCUCAGGCUGCUGAUCCUGCGUAA